AUGAACCCACCACCAGUUCCUCCACAUUCAGAUCUUUCAGGAAUCGGCCAUCAUCAUCAUCACCACCAUCACAAUCGUCUGCCAUCAACUCCUGAGCGAACUCAAAGCCAUCAGCAGAAUUUCGUGAAAACUCCGAGCAGACGAGAUCUUCCGCCCAUUCCAUCUAAUCAGAAACCUUUCCAACUGCAAACCAACAACUCCAUUGACCUCGACAUGAAGGAGGAAAUUAGGCAGAGAGAGCUGGAAGAGGUGAGAGCGAGAGUCGCUCAGAUGGAAAAGACAAUGAGGUGGUGGUCUGACUGUACGGCCAACUGGCGCGAAAAGUGGAGCAAGGUUCGAAAUGAGAGAAAUCAAUCGAGAGAGGAGUGCAGGGCUUUGAAGUUCAAGCUGGAGUCAGUCAUCAAGGAGAAUGCCAACCUCAAAAAACUGCAACAAAAAUUUGAAUACAAAUUGAAACGUCUGUCCGAUCAGGAGGCUGGUCUAGAGACAAAAGCUCUGCAGGGUGACAUUUUCAAUAAUAAAUUUGAACUCAACAUCAAUGAAUUAAACCUUAAUGAAAGCCACACAAAUAAUAAAAAAAACAACAACGAUGAUGAUGAGGAUGAUGAUGUCAUCAUUUCAAAGAGUUGCAAACCACCUGAGUGUAAGCAAACAUCAAUAUCAACAACAACGACAACAACAACAUCAUCUUCCACUGCUCCAGUUCUUAAGAAUGAAAACUCUGAUGAUUUUUGGUUGAAAAUGAUUGAAGAUUUGAAGGAAAAACUAGAGAAAGAGACUAGAGAAAAAUUAAAAGUCAUGGACACUGUGAACGGCUUACAAGGGCAGGUGGACAAACUGACCGAGCAGUACGACGACCUUCGAAGGGCCAAGGCCGACUGUGACGAAGAGAUAUCUAGACUAAGACAAUGGAAGGAUGAGAGGAUGGAGACAAUAAGAUCUGACUUGGAGGAUGGCAUGAUGAGCGAUACCAACAGUGAAUUCAACAGCAAACUAACGGAUCUACACAGAGAGCUGGAAAAGCUGCAGGUUGAGAACGCCACGGAAUGGACCCUCAGGGAGAAACUGGAAACCGAGAAAAUCUCCCUGGAACGCGAGAACAAAAAAUUAGUGAACGAGUUGAGUCACGUGACCGAAGAAUUGAAUAGAUGUCGUCUGCUUACGUCAGGCCACUCGUCGACCAAUCAAAACGCGGCUCUGGAUAUGGAGGAGUUGAGUGAGAAAACGAAGGAAUUAAGCGAGUUGAAGCACGCGCACGCGAGGCUGAAGAAGCAGCUGCAGGACCGAUCGUCGGAGUUGGAGCACGUCCGAAGUCGAGCCGAGCACUACGAAAUGGAGGUCAAGAAGUUGAGGGGUAGGAUUGAGGAACUGAAGAGGGAUCUGGCGAAUGCCGAAGAUGAAAAUGACCAGCAGUCGAUGGCUAUGAAGAAGAUGCAGAGGAACAUGGAGGAGUUGCAGCAGCAGAUUGACAACUACAACCUUCAACUACAGCAUCUCCAGUCGAGGUUGAGGAGGAGUCGAACCUCAUUGGCUGGCUCGGACGACGGUGACGAUAAUCAUUCCGAAAAAGCCCUCGUCUGAUUGGCUGUUUUGUUUUUGUUGGCGUGGUCGAUGAAAAGAGUGUUCGAUUGGUUGGUUGAUUGGAUGUCUGGUUGAUUGGUUGGUUGAUUGA